AUGUCUUCUCCCCUCGCCUGGCCGCGAGUCUUUGCCUUCCUUAUCUUUAUUUUAACGUUGAUACCCUAUGCUUAUUCUCAAGAGGAGUCCAUAUUCACAUCGUCUGUAACAUACUGCAAUCCACCGGAAACACUCCUCAUUCAACGAUUCGAGCUCGCGUAUUUCCCCGGUAAUCGGUCGGUUUCCUUCAACGUAUCUGCUGCAAGUGUGCAAGCUAAUGUCAACGUAUCUGCCAAUGUUUUCCUCAAUGUUUACGGCAUGAAGCCUGUCAAUAUUACCCUCGACCUCUGUGGCCUUUUGGGAGGAGCACUGUGUCCUCUCCCGAUGUACAAUUUCACAGGAGCGGACUCAAUCACGCUACCAUCAUCACUGGAAGUGUUGCAAAAAAUUCCAGGCAUAGCCUACAAGAUUCCAGACCUCGAGGGAUUCGCACAAUUGACUCUGACGGAACCCAAGACUGGAAACGUCAGAGCCUGCGUACAAGCAACUCUCUCCAAUGGACGCUCCGCUCAUCAACCAGCUGUGGAGUGGACGACAGGUGGCGUCACUCUUGCUGCACUCUCUGUGGCUCUGUGGCAAACCAUUGUAUCCCCACAAUCCAUCAUCCCAUUCCGUCUUCUUGAGCUCAUGUAUCUCUUCCAAACUAUUUCGUCCAGUGCAUUCCUUAGCCUGAAUUACCCAUCAGUAUAUCGCGCGUAUGCACUCAACUUUGCGUGGGCGAUGGGGCUUCUCACCUCUGGCCCCAACUCUGGCUUCCAGAACUCUAUCAAUAAUAUGCGUCGCCUCACUGGAGGUAAUCUCGCUGACGAAAUCGAGGGGUCAGCCGUUGGCUUUGUCAAUCGGAAACUGAGCCCAUACAACCAACCCCUGUCAAGUCGGGAAAUCAUCAACGCGUACAGUAAUUUGUCUUCCAACUUCACAGUUGAUCUGUCUUCACUUUCAUCUUCGGAGCAUCGCUCCAACGCCUUCGAAACUAUCGUGAAUGGCGUCGUGCAGACCGUCACUUCUGCUACUUCCAACGUUCUUCAAGCUGGAAUUCCCAUAUAUGUCAACACCAAACAUAUUGCGACGGCUAACGCGUUUAUGACCGUGUUUCUCGUCUCCUUAAUCAUGUUUGUCAUCGCGUUUGGUGUUUUCGCCAUCGGAUAUGGCAUAAGAUUCCUGCUAGAACGAAAGCAAGUGAACUCACGCGUCGCCAGCAUAUUCAUGAACUUCGAUUAUAUCUCAUUCGCUGUUUCUUGGUUCCUGCGCUUGGGACUUGUGGCUGUCUUCCCACUCUUUAUUUUCAUCUUCUACCAAUGGACGCUCAAGGACUCAUGGUUAUCAAUCUUUCUUUCAGUGCUGACACUGAUCGCCAUCUCCGCCCUUAUCUUAUAUCCCUCGUUCCUGACACUGCGCCUCGCGCGCCAGGAAUCUCCUGUCGCACUGUACACGCCGGGUACACAAUCCCUUUCACGCAAUGGUCCAUUGUUCGCGCAGUACCGAUCACCCCGGUACUAUUUCUUUGUCCCAUUGUUGAUCGCAUUCGUCCUCCGAGCUAUAUUUAUCUCGUUCGCUAAAUCUUCAGCCGAGGCGCAAAUCGCGCUCCUGCUCGUCGUCGAGUUCGGCCUGGUCUGCGCGCACUUUGCACUGAAGCCAGCCAAAACGAGGGGCGGAGAUGUGUUCAACACCUAUCUUUCUAUAACACGGUUUGUUUGCACCGGGUUGAUGAUUGCAUUCCUCGAGAAGCUACAGGUUAAGGCCAUCCCGCGCGUCGUCAUUGGCAUUGUCGUCGCUUUAGCGUGGUCCGUGGCGGUGCUCAUCGUCAUUGGUAACAUCACGUGGCACACGGUUCUGGCGUUUGCCCAACUCCUAGGGCUCAAGAAGCGCACACAACCGUCAAUACUUGACUCUCCUGUCAAUUCUGAAGGGUCGAUGCUCGAGAAAGGUAUUCGCGGGACACAAAGUGGCAGCACGCGGAGCAAUCUCAAUGAGAAGAACCUGCGUGUCGCCGCAACCUCGAAUGGUGUAGGGGGCGAUAACGACUCUGGUGUGAGCCUGCCGUACGUUGUGGCCGAUGGUGAGGACAUCGAAGAGAUCGCUCGCGGGCGGCCUAUGAAUCCAACACCUGAAAAUAACGGCGCGUUUGAGCCGUACCUCCUCACUUCUUUCCCAAUAUCCCCAACGACGACGGUAACGACGAUGGAGCCCCCCAGUUUGUAUUCUCGCGACUCUGGGACGAUCACUGUUGGAAGCUUGUUGCCGCGGCGUUGGAGUUUCCAUAUGAGCCAACCUGGAUCGCCAGCUGGAUCUAGUUUUGGGCACGGGUAUCCAUCGACGCAGAUGAGCCCAUCUCCUAUACCACCCUCAUCUCCUUCUGAAAGUAGCCACGGUGGGGCCGUGUCUAGAAAUACCUCUGUGAGAGCUCAGCAGCAAUCUCAUCAGCAACGACACUCGGACAUAGAGGAGGAGGAAGAGGGUCUGCCGACAUCGCCAACAGUCAAACCCACAUAG